CAGACGUCGAUGUUGCAUACUUCCUUCAGUUCUUUCAAAGAAAUGUCGCAACUGAAACUGAAAGUGUUUGACAGUUUAUACUGAAGGUGAUUUCUGAUCAUUAAGUGAUACGGAGACAUUGUGAUAGUGACUGAUCGUCUAGUGUUCAGCAUGGCUGGUCUGUUUGGAUCUCAUCUUUGCUUGGCCAUGAUCACCUGUACUCUACUCCAGCUGGUUUGUGCAAAUGCUGCAGUUAACUUUAUGGGAAGUGGUCUAAUGGAUGAGGCCAGUGCAGGGAAUUCCCCAAAAGUCAAUGUGACAACAAUUACUGCCAACUUCAGUCAUGAGUACACAGGAAAAGUCAAGCAAGGGGUGGAUAUUCUGUAUGUGUUUACAUACAGAGAAAUACAUGUGGCCAAUAAGACCACAGCUGUCAGAGUGCAGGUGACUAGUGAAGACGCUCAGAAAGACUUCCCACUCUUGUUUGUUGUCCGCCAACAGAAGAGCAUUCUCUCCUGGCAGAUACCUAUGUGGUUGGAAUACACGUAUGAUUACUAUAAGGUGAGCCGUACACUCUGCCCGGAGGACGGCAACAUGUCCAUCAGUUCCCAGAGCCACCUGAUUUACGUAGACGUCUCCUCAAUGACCAAGGAGUGGACAGAGUACACCCUCCUUGCAUGGCCUGUGGACAGCUUCCAGCUCGAGGAGCAUGAGAGCAAAGUGUUCAGCGUGACACCUUCAGAGCCCUCUUUCUUUCGCUACACCUUCCCUGAUGGCGUUGACUCGCUGGUUGUACUGGCCAGCUCUGACAGUCCACACUGUGCCAUUCUGUCAGUCCAGGACACAAAGUGCCCGGUGUUUGAGAUGGAUAACAAUGUGAAGUUCCGUGGGAUGUACCAGACCAUGACCACCAAGGCGGCCAUUACAGUCAAGAGGAGUGAUUUCAGCACAGCGUCCUUUUUUGUGGUUUUGGUCCUUCAGGCAAAUAAUAGGGACUGUACGACUAUUGAGAGUAUUUUACCACGGGUGAAAAACAUAACUCUCACAACCAAGAAAACAAUGCCAGCCAGUGAGUAUGUAACGGCAAUUGUCAUCGCUGUGGUAGUGUUUGCUGGCUUCUACAUGGCUGCAGUGCUUAUAGCCUGUUUUUAUCACAUAUGUGACAAGAACUGGGGGAUCCCUGAUCUGUCUGAGGCAGAGAGAAAUGAUGGCGAGACCUGGGUAAUCACUCGGCCAAGGGAACACAGCUAUGGAUCCAUACAUGAUGAGACCAUCAGACAGAGAGAACUUGGGGAGUUGUCUAAUGCAGAAACCUCGGCGACAGCUGUUGGGGAAUCGGACAGCUCUGAUUCGCUGGAUACCACAGACAUUGACCUACUGCAUGAUGCAGACGAGGAGAAAGAGGUUGUAAGAACAAAGACAUUCCUCUAUGUAGCAGACCUGGCCAGGAAGAGUCGUAAAAGUUUAGCAAAGAGAUACAAACUUUACCACUGGAACUUGGUGACUAUUGCCAUAUUUUAUGGCCUGCCCGUUGUCCAGCUGGUCAUCACUUACCAGCAGGUACUACACUUGACUGGGGAUGAAGACAUUUGUUAUUACAACUUUGAGUGCGCCCAUCCCUUGGGAGUCUUAAGUGCCUUUAACAACGUCUUCAGUAACAUCGGCUAUGUGCUGCUGGGGAUCUUGUUCCUUAUCCUGGUCUGGAGAAGGGAUUUGAUCCACAGAAAGGCUGUUCAACGACAGGACAGAUUAGAAAAAUACUAUGGAAUUCCCCAGCAUUUUGGCCUUUUCUACGCCAUGGGUUGGGCGCUGUGUAUGGAGGGGUUGAUGUCAGCUUGUUACCACGUGUGCCCUAACUACUCUAACUUCCAGUUUGAUACAUCGUUCAUGUAUGUAAUAGCCUGUCUGGACAUGCUGAAGAUCUACCAGAUCCGUCACCCGGACAUCAAUGCUAAAGCACAUGCUGCCUACCUGGCCAUGGCCUUGAUCAUAUUUAUAGCAGUCAUUGGAGUUGUUUAUGGUACCAAGUACUUUUGGAUUGUGUUUGCCGUUCUCCAUAUCAGCUCCACAUUCCUGCUCAGUGUACAGAUAUACUACAUGGGAAGAUGGAAGCUGAAUUUGGGAAUAUUUAAGCGGACCUUUCUGUUGCUGCGCACAGACUGCUGUUCCAGGCCCAUGUAUCCUGGUCGCAUGGCUCUCAUCUGUCUUGUCAACUUUCUCAACUGGGGGCUAGCCAUAUAUGGGGUGUUGACAAAACCUGAAGAUUUUGCUUCCUAUCUUCUGGCUAUAUUGAUUGUUAACCUCAUGUUGUACGUGGCCUUCUACAUUGUAAUGAAGUUGGUGAGUAAAGAGAAGAUAAUGCUGCUACCAUUGAUGUUUAUCAUCUUGUCUGCCGUUCUGAUGGGCUUCGCACUCUGGUUCUUCCUCAAUCAUCUGACAUCCUGGAAUCUGACACCAGCCAAAUCCAGAGAACAAAAUCAGCCUUGCAUCUUGAUGGAUUUCUAUGACUCCCAUGACGUCUGGCAUUUUCUGUCCGCCAUGAGUUUGUUUUUCUCAUUUAUGAUCCUGCUCACCCUGGAUGAUGAUUUGACCUUCACCAGAAGAGACCGCAUUCCUGUCUUCUGAAGUCUGAUUUCUUUACUGCAUAUAUCUUCUGUGAUCAAUUGUCAGAUGACUCCAAAGCUUGUGGUUCCAGUGACUUACCUCUUCUUGAAUUUUCCAUGACACUUUUGUGGAUUUAGGCCUGAAAUUGGCCUGCAUCUAACACAGUCUCUCAUGUUAAUGACUUGUGCUGCUGCUCAUAUGUGUAAUAACAGUAAUGCUGACAUUGUGAAAGCCGUAUACUGCACAGUCUGUUACAAAUGGGAGUGAUGAGCUGCACAGUCUGUUACAAAUGGGAGUGAUGAGCUGCACAGUCUGUUACAAAUGGGAGUGAUGAGCUGCACAGUCUGUUAUAAAUGGGAGUGAUGAGCUGCACAGUCUGUUACAAAUGGGAGUGAUGAGCUGCACAGUCUGUUACAAAUGGGAGUGAUGGGCUGCAUAAUCUGUUACAAAUGGAAGUGAUGAGCUGCAUGGUCUUACCUGUUUGUAACAGUGUGCAGCUAGUCACUUCCAUUUGUCACAGGCUGUGCAGCUGAUCAGCUGCACAGUCUAUUACAAAUGGAUAUGAUGAGCUGCACAUGUCAGUUACAAAUGAUUGUGAUCAGCUGCACUCAGUUACAAAUGAGUGUGAUCAACUUCACAGCCUGUUACAAAUGGGAGUGAUGAGCUGCACAGUCUGUUACAAAUGGGAGUGAUGAGCUGUACAUGUUAGUUACAAAUAAGUGUGAUCAUCUGCAGUCAGUUACAAAUCAGUGUGAUCACAGUCUGUAAAUGAAUGUGGCAACCAUUUAGGUUUAGUUUGGAUGUCUUAUUAAUAUUGAUACUCAGUGGAAACAUAAUGAAGAAAUAAAAUUUUUUCUCACAUUUGUGAUGGGGCUUACCAUUUGAGAAUUUGAACAAGCGAUCUGUGGGCUUCAAAUUCACAUGUCUACCAAUAGAUCAAAGGGCAUUCCCUCUAGCCCAGAGAUAGAUAGUGCCUGUACUUGUAUACCAUCGGGAUACACAUUGUCAUGCUGUCAUGAUCAAACUGUGACUUUACCUUUUAGACUGAUUAUUGUGAGAGUAAUACUUGUAUAUUGACUGCCAUGUUAGAUGAAUGGUAUGUAGUUUAUGUUUCUGUGGAUAUUGAAGGUUUUCAUGGUCAUGUACAUUGUUCAUACUACUUAUACAUUGUUAUGGAGAGGACAUGUGUACUGGAAGUUGAUUACAGAAAACUUACAGACAUGUCGUAUUACUGGCUCCUGUAGAGAAACCUGUUUACAGAUGUCAUUUACAGACUUCUGUAGAGAAAUGGGUGUGCGGAUGUCUCUUACUGGUACCUAUAGAGAAAUCUGUGUAAAGAUGUCUCUUACCGGCUCCUGUGGAGAAAUCAGUUUACAUGUGUCUCUUACUGGCUCCUGUGGAGAAAUCUGUUUACAGAUGUCUCUUCCAGGCUCCUGUAGAGAAGUCAGUUUACAGAUGUCUCUUCCAGG